AUGAAAGAAUUAAUGAUCUAUUCAGAAGUUUUUGCUACUAGUUCAUUUAAUAAUAUAAGAAUAUGGAAUGCUAAAAAUAGAUAAGAAUUACUUAAAAUCUAAGUUCCUAAUUUAGAAUGUAGGACAGUUUCAUUUACGAAUGAUGGAAAAAGUAUAGUGAGUGGAUGGAGUGAUGCCAAAAUUAAAGCAUUUUACCUCAAUCAGGGAGAUUGA